GGGACUAGGACGGGGCCCGGGCCCGGCCCGCUCCGCCCCGCCGGGCAGGAGCUGCUCAGUCGGCGGCGGGAUGGGGCCGCGCUGGGCGCUUCUCGCCGCGCUCCUCCAGGCCGGAGGCGCCGCGGGCGGCCGGGAAUAUUCAUUGCCUUAUACACCACAGUUUGCACAGUGCAAGGAUCCCAGCAGGGAAUUCUAUGAAGAAAGACUUAAUAAAUGUUGCAGUCAGUGCCCUCCAGGUCAGUAUAAGUUAGAGAGCUGCACUGACAGUAUGGACACACAGUGCAGUCCCUGUGGACCUAACUCAUAUACAGCGAUCUGGAAUCGGUCUCCUCAGUGUUUUGCCUGCUUAUCACCUUGCAGAAAAGGUUUUGUGCAGGUUCAAACGUGCACGAAGUCACAGGACAGAAUCUGUAGCUGCCCACCCAAUGAGUACUGCUUUUCAAAAAUAUACGGGCACUGCAAAAUAUGUAGAGUGCAUAAAAAGUGUGGAAAAGGUUACCGAGUUUCCAAAAGAGGAACAGACAGCACAGAUACAGAAUGUAAACCUUGUCCUCCUGGAACCUUUUCAGAUGAGGAAUCUUACAAUACCAGCUGUACGCCGCAUACAGUUUGUAAAUCAGUGGCUAUUCCAGGAAACAGCAUGAAUGACACUGUUUGCAGUCACUCAGUAAUAGCGUUGGCCACAGCUCUACCUCGCACUGUUGUGAAACCUAUCCCGACCCAAAGCUCAACUUCUAACAGACCUGAAAUAUUAACUCGACCUGUCGUUCUAAACGCUGCACCUGAUAUGUCUCAUAUCAUUGGAUCAGUAACAGGGCCAUUGUUAUUGGUCUUGAUAAUCACUGUUUUGGGAUAUUGCUUAGUCUCCAAAAAAAAAGCACUUUUAUAUUCUCCACCAACUAGAGAAGCAGAUUUGCCUUUUUCCCCUACAGAGAAGCAGUGUGACAAAAAAAUAAGAAAUACAGGAUCACAGAACUCCAGUAACUCCGAGCAGGAGGAACAGCAUCUCUUGGAAACUCCGGGGUCAAGCAGUAGCUCUCUGAAUAAUCCAGCUGGAUCUGCAAGAGUCAGUGUAAUAAGUAACAAGAACGGUGAAAAGAAAGAAAUGGAAGGAUUUCAGCAGCAAUAUUCAGCCACAGAAGGUUGUAAACUUCACAGCGGAGGCAGACACAACUCUGCAAGUUCAGAACACUCUGGUAAUGGAGGAACACAGGUGAAUGUGACUUGUAUUGUUAAAGUAUGUAAUUCGGACUGCAGUUCCCAGUUCCCAGAACAGACUAGUUCAACUAGCAUGGAUUAUGGAAAUGCUCCCCAUUAUUCUCCAACAGGAGAAGAAAUUCCCCUUUCAAAAGAAGAAAACCCCUUGAAAAAAGAAACUGAAAUUCAGAUCUCAGUGGAAACCAAGGACAAUUUACUUCAAGACUUACUUCCAGAAGAAAAGAAGUUUCCUCUGGGUAUUCAAGAUGUGGGGAUGAAAACUAGUUAAAGGAGAUUACAGAUCACGUAUUGAUUGACUGAUAAAAUUCAUCAAACAACCUUCUAAAACAUUCAUCAAACAAUCUUCUAAAAUAAACAUUAUGUUAAAUGUAGCAUUCCUACAGAGACUUGAAAUCUCAGAUGAAUAUAGACAUGGGAGUUUUUGAGGUUUUAAACCUCUUUUUUGUCAGCCUUGAGACUCAAAAGACGAUCUUUGCAGUUUAUAAGAAGCUACCACUUUUUAAUGCUUUCUUUUCUUUUAAACUGAAUACCCUACUCUUCCCUUUCUUCUGUGAUACAUCUUGAUCGUACCUGAGAGAGACCUUUGUUAGCUUUGAAAAGGAGCUGUUCUCUAACUUUAUGCCAUUGACUUUUCUGCUGAGACUUCUUGUGAUGAUAAUUUGGGUUCAUAUAUACUACCUGUUGAAAACAUGACUGCAAACAGCCCUUCUAAGAGACUGGAAUUAAAUGGUCAGUCAUCCAAUGCUAAUAAGCUAUCAUGUGGUUGUAAUUUUAAAACUAUUCUAUUCAAUUUCCUAUCUUCAUGUACGUAUUUCUACUAGGCCUUUGGAUAUUUUUUAUUUUUAUGAUUUGCUUCCUUUCAUCCUUGGACCAAACUUUACAUUCAAGCUGAAGUAUACUGACGAGCAAAAUCUUUUACAGCAGUUUUUAUACAAGAUUACAACUAUUCUGUUAUUUCAUUGGUUGUACAUAAUAUUUUAGGAAAUCCAGCUUAAAUAGUUGUUAUCUUGAAGUAGACAGUAAGUUCCUUUCAUUGAUGGUUCUAAAGUCUGACAUCUUCAUGUCAUGGCUGCUUUGAUAUGUUUCCCUGACUGAUUCUGACCUCAUUUUUGCGGUUAUCAAGGUCAACCAUAAACGCAAAAUAUUUUUCUCUACAUUACAGUGAACAUUAGAGAAGAUCCAGACAGCUCACCCCCAUUGACCUCAGUUAAAGGACUAUCUGUUGAUGAUUGCAUGGCAUAAUCUGUGAAAAGUGGAACUGAUUCAAACUUCAGAACCAGAAAAUUCUGUUGUCCUCUACUUGUUGAUCCACACUGAAGAUCCAUCCACCUCUUACAGAAAAUUAGUAGAGGUUCUUCUUGAAUUCAUGCUUUUGGAAUUCAGUUCUAGGAUUGCAUUUCCCGUAGUUAUGUUUUAUGUAUGUGGAUUAACUGACAACUGUACUAUCUAUAUUCAACCAGAAUUUGUAAUAUGGUGUCUGAAUUAUACUUAAGUAAAAUCAGACAGCAGUCAUAAUUUUUUCCUUUUAUUCCAUGAAAACAUACUGGCUUACCUCAAGAGUAACUAAAUGCAUUUGUUGUUUCUGAGGCCUUAAGUUGAAAAAGGGUAUCUUGGAAUAGCGUUUAUUCUACAACUACAGAAGAGAGUCAGAAUUUAGCUUAUGUGGAAGCUUAAAAAUUAUAUUUCUAUCAGAUUUAUUCACAUUUUGUCUGGAACUGAGAAAUGGCAAACAGACUUCUAAUCCUACUAUAAAAACUUUGUAGAACGGCAUUUUAAACUUGUACUUGAAGGUAAUUUUCAGAAAAGAUGCAAAGACCUACAAAAUGGAAACACUGAUACUAUUACAAAAUUGCAGAAUUUAUGCAAGAAAAGUACCUAAUUUUAUAUAUUGCUUUGAACUUCCUGUGCUGUACUGAACAUUUUCAUAUCUUGUUCAUCAGCUCCCAGUAUUGGGACCACAUUGAAGAAACAGCUGAAGAUUUUUGAAAAAGUUUAAAAAAUGUUAAAAAGAGUUUAUUGCUUGUGGCAGUAAAUUUAUUGGGUUUUCAAAUUAUGAAGCUGCAUGGUAGAAAGAAAAUUCAGGUUUUAUGUUGGAAGUAUGAAAAAUGUGCUUGCAUUUGUUUACAAACAAAGUAAAAAGUCUAUAUUUUUAUAAUGAUGAACAUCAAACUUUACAUUAAAAUUCUUAUUUUUAGAA